UGUUGGAGGCCAAGAGGACCAAAACAGACGAUAUUUUGAAGAUGGAGUGCUGACACUUUAGUUGCUUACGUCACAUUUAUUCGCUCUCGUGCAUAAAAAAACUCCCCCAAAGACAAUUUUGACCUGGUCAAUGUUGUAAAAAAAUGUUCGUUAUGAGAAACUCUUUCGCGGUAGCAAUACUGCUGAUGGUGGCUAUGCUCAGCAAGGCAGCCGAGUAUUGUCCAUCCGUCUGCCGUUGCUAUGGCAACCGCGCACACUGCGCCCAUGCAGACCUGACCGAAAUUCCCGCCAAUUUUUCCCAGAACACCGUCUACCUACAUCUCGAAGGGAACAACAUAUCGUCUGUUUCCAAGACCCGCCUAGCCCGUAUGACGUCACUCCGUCAGCUAUACCUCAUGAAUAACCGAAUCACCGAUCGGGGAGUUCCGUCGGACGCCUUCGUGUCCAAUCGGAACCUUCGGCUGCUCGAUCUGACCGAAAACCUCCUGACGGCGGUACCGCGAGGGCUCAUGGGACUGUGGCAACUUGGUCUAGCAAAUAACAAAAUCAACAGGAUCCCAAGAGGAACUCUGUACCCGAGACUUAUAGGAAUCGCAAAGAUACAUCUAGAGGGAAAUUAUCUAACCAACGACGAAAUUUCUCCCAGAGAGCUAUCCGGUUUACACACAUUACAACAAGUGUUUCUGUCAGACAACCGACUGAGAGAAAUUCCGACUUUUAGAUCAGCUAGGCUGAACCAUUUGUACAUAGGGGGGAACAACAUUUCUCGGAUUCUACCCGACACGUUUAACGGUGUAACGCGUUUGUUUUAUCUCGAUUUAAGCCGUAAUAGUCUUGACAAUCCUGGGAUCGAGACUGGUGCCAUGAAUCCGCUCUCGUACCUGUUGUAUCUAUGGCUUCGGGAGAAUAAACUCACUCGGGUCCCAUCGGGCUUACCACGGUCUGUAAAGAAGCUCCACCUAGAGGGCAAUCUCAUCACUGCAGUUGAAUCCAACGCAUUCACCGGUAUGACGCGGCUUCGAUAUCUGUAUCUUUCAAACAACAGCAUUGACGUGAUAGAACCGGGAGCAUUUACAGGACUUGGUGGGCUUCAGUAUCUAGAACUCUCAGGUAACAAGUUGCAACAACUCACCAACGGUUCAUUCUUGGGACUUUCACAACUAAGUGUACUAAUCAUGGAGAACUGUAAUAUCACAGUCAUGCACAAGGGGGCGUUUGAAGGCUUGCAGGAAGUCACCACACUUGAUCUUGCUCACUCCCGUAUCGAGAUCAUUCAAGAUGACGCCUUUGUCGGCUUGAUUGAUGUAAAGACCCUCCGACUCGAGCGCAACAGAAUCCGAUCUCUGUCCAAAAAUGCCUUUAAAGGUUUGUCAGCAGUGACCUCUAUUAACCUUGCCUACAACAGAAUAUAUGACGUUGAAAAUGGCGCGUUUGUGGGAGUCGACUAUCUUCGCAACCUGGAUCUCACCGGAAAUAGACUGACGUCACUUCCUGCCGGGCUCGAAGACAUGCGAUCACUACGAAGCCUCGUUCUCACCAACAACAGCAUCACAGAUAUUCCUGACGACAUGCCUCCCAACACCGUGUCUGUUCUUACUUUAAGUUCCAACCCUCUUGGAAACGCACGUCUUAGCAGGCUCGCGAACAUCUUCCCUCAGUUAUCUUCCCUCUAUCUUGCCGACGUUGGGUUACAAACAGUUCAAGAAGACGACUUCAAAGGAAUGUCAAACUUGCAGCUGUUAAACCUUGACGAUAACAACUUGUCUGAAAUACCUGGCCGGCCGUUUGACUCCUUACCAAGUCUGUCUCGUAUUGACAUUCGGAACAAUCUCCUUACCACAGUGCCCAUCGCCCUACAGAAUCUGACUACCAUCCAAACAUUGUCUUUGAGUGGAAACCAGAUUUCAGCCUUAAACAAUGAUUCAUUUCAAGGUCUGACUAAUAUACGGGCGUUGUUUCUAUCAGACAACAAUGUAACGGAAAUUGAGUCCGGCGUUUUUAAACUGAUGGACCGCAUCUUUCGGAUAUUUCUCGAUGGAAACGUCAAACUUAAAACAGUUGAUCUGAACACGUUUCGGGUGCCAAGUCUGAGAUAUGUCUACCUCCAGAAUUCAGGCAUCGAAACCAUUUAUCGCGGACAGCCAGAAGAGGAUCUUCCGCCAUUGCAGACGAUGGAACUUCGCGGCAACCCUUUGAACUGUGACUGUCGUUUGGGAUGGAUGCUGACGUCGAUCAUUAUCAAACCUGACGUCACCUGCUUUAAACCUAGUGACCUGCGUGGACUGGCAGUGAAAAACCUUUUUGAUGACGAUUUUAUCUGCCCAGAUCCGUCAAGUUUUGUGAGCACCACUACCUCGUCUUUAGGUCAAACGUCAUUUCCUGUGACCCAAACAGCAAGCACAGCAGUCCAGGCUACCACAACUGAGAAACGUACUACUUCAACAACAAAGCUAACGUCAAAGAAAACAACUGACACCACUCAACACUCUAGCCCUCAACAAACGUCCUCACAGCCAUCUACCGUCAUCCCUUGCACCUUGGAGUGCCAAAAUGGCGGCCAGUGCGUUGUCAUGGCAACAAACGCUCAGGAGUGUCGAUGUGAGGUUGGAUUCACUGGACGGCAUUGCGAAACUCCCAAUCAAGAGGAAGACAUUACAGUCACAGAAAUCAACGACACAGCACUUAAGAUCACGUGGUCUUCUCCAGUCGAAGACGUUCCUUACAAGAUAUCUGUGAGAGAGAAUGAUGACGACGCGUUUAAAGAAGAGACAAUCCUUCCUCCAGGCCUGUCUGAAUAUAUACUUAAAGAUCUUAAUCCAGAUAUGCAGUAUAUUGUGUGUAUUACGCCUGUCAAGGAAGACCUAAAAUACGUUAUACCAAUUUCAAAUGGACGGUGUCAUAAGGUCACCGUGCAUGCGCAGUCGUCUCACGCGGGGAAGCCUGGGAAGGGGACAGCGUUCGGGUUGACAGUGGUCGCCAUUUGCGUGCUUCUGGUAUGCGCAGUUCUUGGAGUCAUCUUCUACAGGAGAAAGAAACGCAGACAACUAGAAGAACGGGAGGUUUUCCCAAAACCUGAAGAAGACGAUCACGAGCUUCAGGAGUUGAACAACCUUCGGGAACAAUUUGUGCCAGACGUCGUCAUACAUGCAAAAGAUGCGUCAAACUACGUACGACUUGAAGACGAAGAUAAAGACCUUAAGAAAGAUAACGUGUCAGCUGAAAAGUUAGGCAACUAUGUGAAACUAACAGAGCCUGUCGAUUAAUAUUUGAAAACAAAGGGACUAAACAAAUUAUCAAGGAUUAUAAAAUCAUGUAUACAUGAAAAGCUUAAAAAAUAGCAUUUAUACAAAGGGACUUGACAAUGUGUUUUAUACAUGAAUAAUGCAUAUAACUAACUA